UGUCUAAAUCAGUGUGAGUGAAGUCUCCCUAAAAUCAGCAGAGGCUUGAUUCCGAAUCGUCUCUUACUGUUCUAGGUUUACUUGAAUUUGAAGGAAAGAAAACAUGUCUCCACUUCUAAGAAGCGUUAUUGACAUCGCUGAAGUUUUCGAUCAUUAUGCCACACAUAGCUGUGAAGGAGCAUCACUGAGCAAGAAAGACCUGAAGAACCUCCUUGAAAGGGAACUUGGAGAUGUCCUCCAGAGACCACAUGACCCUGAGACGGUAGAUGUGAUCCUAGAACUUCUGGAUCGGGACUCCAACGGGCGUGUUGAUUUCAACGAAUUCCUCCUGUUCCUUUUCAAGCUUGCUCAAGCUUGCUAUUCCGCUAUCAAUCAGGCCGUAGGGCUAGAUGAGAAGAGAAGCCUGUCACAAGAUCGCAGGCAAGAAGACCAAAGGAGAUUCGAGCCCCGGGACGUACAACGGGACGAAGAACCCGGGCGCCGAAGCUGGCAGAAAAGACGUGAGCAGGAGGAGCGCGCUGAGGAGCAGAGCAGGAGGCAGGAGAGACUGGAGGAGCGACAGCAGAGGCGAGAACUGCAGGAACUGGAGGAGCGCCUGGCGGAGAAAGAGCCGCUAAGCUGGAGCCAGGGUCCUGAUGCUGAAGAGUUUUCCGAGGAAGAGGAACAGCAAAGGCAAGAGCUCAGGAGCAGGGAGCAGAGGGAAGAGAGACGGCUGCAGCAGCUGCGCGACCCCGAGCUGAGGCGCGAGCAGGAGUUGGUGGCUGAGGAGGAUGAGGAGCAGACGCAACUCCGGGAGCCCCAGACUCUCACCCGGAGGUUGCAGAGGCAGCUCGAAAGCGAGGCCGAAGCCCGUCAGAACAAAGUCUACGCCAGGCCGCGCAGACAGGAGCCGGAAGAGCGUCAGCUCCGGGAGCAGGAGCAACGGUCCCGGGAGCUCCGACUGCAGCGCACCCAGGAGGAGGAGGAACGCCUGGAGCAGCAGCAGCAGAGGCGCCAGGUGGAGGAGCAGCGCUUCCGGGAGGAGGAGCAGCAGCGAGCAGAGCUCCAGGACAGCCUCCUAGAGGAACGCCAGAGGCGUCGUCAGGCCGAUCGCAGGCAACUGCAGGAAGAAAGCCAGAGGCGCCGCACGCAGAGGGAGGAAGUGCUGCGGGAGGAGCGGCUGCUGCAAGAAGAGGCUCAGCAGCGCCGGCAGCGGGACAGGAAAUACCGCCAGGAGGAAGAGCGGCUGCAGCAGGAAGAGAAGCAGCUGCGGCAGGAGGAGGAACAGCUGCGGCGAGAGGAAGAGCAGCUGCAGCGGGAGGAAGAACGGCUGCAGAAGGAAAGGAGGCGCCUGCAGCAGGAGAGGCAGUAUCGCAAGGAGAACGACGUGCAGCGCGAGGAAGAGCAGCUGCAACGGGAGGAAGAGCGGCUGCAGCAGCAGGAAGAACGGCUGCGGAAGGAAAGGAGGCGCCUGCAGCAGGAGAGGCAGGAUCGCAGGGAGAACGACUUGCAGCGCGAGGAAGAGCAGCUGCAGCGGGACGAAGAGCAGCUGCAGCGAGACGAAGAGCAGCUGCUUAGGGAAAGGAGGCGCCUGCAGCAAGAGAGGCAGUAUCAAGAGGAGGACCUGCAGCAGGAGGAAGAGCGGCUGCAGCAGGAGGAAGGGCGGCUACGGAGAGAAAGGAGGCGCCUGCAGCAGGAGAGGCAGUAUCAAGAGGAGGACCUGCAGAGGCUGCGGGACGAAGGUCAGCGUAGGGAUCUGAAGUGGCAGUGGCUACCAGAGAGAGAAAGUGAAGCUCGUGGCCGCAGGCUCUUCUCCAAACGCAGGGAGGAUGGAGAACAGAUCCGGCAGCUGGAGGAUUCUCUGGAGCAUGAGAGACGCUCACGUCAGGAUCGGCGGCCUCUGCAAGACGAAGCAGAAGAGAAGCGAGAGCUGGAGCAGGAGAGGCGGCGGCGACAGCAGCGUGACCGGCAGUUCCUAGAGGAAGAGCAGCUGCGGCGAGAGCGCCAACGGGAAGCCGCACGACGAGGCGAGAGGCUCCGGGAGGAAGAGCAGCUCCUGAGAGACUCGAGGAGACGGCCACAGGAGAGGGACAGAAAGUUCCUUGAGGAGGAAAGGCAACUGCGGAAGGAGCGGGAAGAACUGAGGCAAAGACGAGAAGAGAGACAGUUCCAGGAGGAGGAGCUGCGCCGCCAAGAACUUAGGCAGGAGCGCGACAGAAAAUCCCGUGAGGAACAAGAGCGCCUCCAGCAGCGGCGUGAGGAGGAGCAGCUCCAGGAGGAAGAGCAGCUCCGUCAGCAACGAGACAGGAAAGUCCGCAGGGAAGAAGAGCGCCUGCAGGAGCUCGAGGAAGAGCAGCUGAGACGCCAGGAGCGAGACAGGAAACUCCGCCGGGAUCAAGAGCGCCUGCAGGAGCUCGAGGAAGAGCAGCUGAGGCGACCUGAGCGUGAGGACAGAAGAUUCCGCCAGGAACAAGAGCGCCGCCAGCAGCGGCGUGAAGAGGAGCAGCUCCGGGAGGAAGAGCAGCUCCGUCAGCAACGAGACAGGAAAGUCCGCAGGGAAGAAGAGCGCCUGCAGGAGCUCGAGGAAGAGCAGCUGAGACGACAGGAGCGAGACAGGAAACUCCGCCGGGAUCAAGAGCGCCUGCAGGAGCUCGAGGAAGAGCAGCUGAGGCGACCUGAGCGUGAGGACAGAAGAUUCCGCCAGGAACAAGAGCGCCGCCAGCAGCGGCGUGAAGAGGAGCAGCUCCGGGAGGAAGAGCAGCUCCGUCAGCAACGAGACAGGAAAGUCCGCAGGGAAGAAGAGCGCCUGCAGGAGCUCGAGGAAGAGCAGCUGAGACGCCAGGAGCGAGACAGGAAACUCCGCCGGGAUCAAGAGCGCCUGCAGGAGCUCGAGGAAGAGCAGCUGAGGCGACCUGAGCGUGAGGACAGAAGAUUCCGCCAGGAACAAGAGCGCCGCCAGCAGCGGCGUGAAGAGGAGCAGCUCCGGGAGGAAGAGCAGCUCCGUCAGCAACGAGACAGGAAAGUCCGCAGGGAAGAAGAGCGCCUGCAGGAGCUCGAGGAAGAGCAGCUGAGACGACAGGAACGGGACAGGAAACUCCGCCGGGAUCAAGAGCGCCUGCAGGAGCUCGAGGAAGAGCAGUUGCAGGACAGGAAGUUCCCCCGGGAACAAGAGCUCAGGCGUGACAGAAAACUUCGCCUGGAAGAAGAGCGCCUGCAGGAACUGGAGGAAGAGCAGCUGAGACGCCAGGAGCGUGAGAGGAAACUCCGCAGGGAAGAAGAGCGCCUGCAGGAACUGGAGGAAGAGCAGCUACAAGACCGAAAGCUGAGGGUGGAGGAGCAGCUUCGCAGGGAGCGCGAGGCAGAGCGGCAGCGCGGACAGGAACGUGACAGAAAGUUCCGCAGGGAAGAAGAGCUCAGGCGCGACAGAAAACUCCGUGAGGAAGAAGAGCUCCGCCAGGAACUCCAGGAAGAGCAGCUGAGACGCCAGGUACGUGACAGGAAAUUCCGUGAGGAAGAAGAGCGCCGUCUGGAGCGCGACCAGAGAUUCCGCGGGGAACCAGAGCUCCGGAAUGAAAGGGAGGGGCGUCAGCGGCGCCGCCAGGAACUCGAGGAAGAACAGCUUCGCUUUGAGGAACAGCAGCGUCGCCACCAGGAACGCGAGCAACAGCUUCGCCAAGAGCGCGACAGGGAAUUCCGGGAGGAGAAGUAGCAGCGCCAGGAACGUGAAGAACUGCAGUUGAGGAGGCAGAAACGAGAUGGGCAGUACCAGGCUGAAGAUCAGUUUGCCAGGGAUACGAUUCGUCGUCGUCAGGAACAAGAACGUCGUCAGGAAGAGGAACGAAGACGUCGCCAAGAGCGGGAGAGGAAAUUUCAAGAGGAGCGGAUCCGUAGGCAGGAGGAGGAGAGGCGCCGCCAAGCCUUGGAGACCGGCACGCGCCAGUUUGCCAAUGUCCCCGUGCGUUCCAGCCCUCUCUAUGAGUACAUCCAAGAGCAGAGGUCUCAAUACCGCCCUUAAAGGAUGCUGCUAGCGUCCUGGCACCAGCCAAAGAAAUGUUUCUUUUUCAAUCAAAAGAAAAUGAGAAAUACUGGGUAUCAAAUGAUAACUCACGUGUUUCUGGUUGUGGGAAAACUCUCUGAUCUUAGAAUGUCUUUUCCAGAAUCUUAAACUAUACCCAUUUCAUUUCUUUCUGUUCCUGUCUCUCAUUCUGUCUGGGGUAGUUCUUUAUUGCAAGAUGUCUUUGUUAUUUAGUGCAGAUGUGGUGCGCACUUUUCAAAAGAAGUCAUUUAAUUUUUUAAAGGAAUUUUGUUUGAGGAGCACAUUGAUUUAUUGCCUUCAUAACUAACAAGAAUAAUGUAACAAUUUGAUAUUCAAAAUAGUUGAGCCUCUAUUUUUAGUGGUAGAUCAUGUUGGGAACCCUCAUUUUUAUAAGUUUAAGUUGACAUUUUCUUCGACCUAAAUCUCAUUUGUCUUUAUCUCCAAACAGUUUUGUCGAUUUUUUUUGCAUAAUUUUGACAACCCUCAAAUAACGCAGGGGGUGAUUUAUGUGAAAAAUAUUAUGUGAAAUCAGUUCAUAACUGAAAGAAAUCUCUCUUACGAGAAAGACUUGCACAGGAAAUUAUUUUUUGGCAUUAUAUUUUUAUACUUAGCACCACUUAAAAUUUCAUGAAGCAAAAGCAAGGUGUUUCUCAAACAACUCCAAUUUAAAACUGCUGUGAUUUGUAGAGUUCUGUUCCACUUCCCCAAGUUUUGUUGGGUUUGAGAAUAUUACUACUUUUGUACAUGUUGGUUUAGUGGGAACCUACUCAAGACCCUGUAAACAUCUUUCUUGUUUGGGUCCAUCAAGAGUUCACAAGGUGAUGGAAGAAGGAAAGGGGAAGAUGUAUGAACAGAGGGCAAAUUUAUAGAAGUCUCUUAACUAGACUUAUCAGCCCACAGUCAUUUGAGGCUUUAUACUACCUUAAAGACAUUCUUGUU